ACUCUACGUUGCCUACUUUUCAGGUGUGGUGCAAACAACCGGUUUCAGCGUCAGCGCGUGCAGUAGAACAAACCAAGUCUUUAAGGCAAUCUUUAUUUGGAUCCUGUAUUCAUCAUCACCAUGGGAUGUUGCGGUUGUUCCCUUGUUUCGUCUACGUUAGCAGCGGGCAUUUAUUCAAUUAUCUUAAGUACAAUGUCAUUAGCCUCUGGAACUUGGGCAAGGAUUAUGAUGACUGAGAAACAUCCAGACCCUUCAAAUCAGUAUGGUUCUCUGAAAAGUUCUUUCCAAUCAUUACAAUUUGACAAGACUGUACACCUGCCUCUUAUAACUGUUUCUGUAUCUCUUGAUUCGAUAUGGUUAUUCACGUCUAUUCUUCUUCUCGUUGGUAACUCGUUUAAGAAGACUGGCAACAGAUUUUUACUGAUACCUUGGAUAAUUGUAGCAUUGGUAGUGGUUUUGUUUGACCUUGGUUGCAACUUUUAUUAUUCCUACCGAUUAGGUCAAAUCCUGGGAACAGAAGGUUACUCUCAUUUAAUCGAACGAUGGUCUGCAUGGAUAUUUCUGUGUCUUUACUAUGGCCGAGGAGGAAUAAUUUUUUGGUGUGUUCACGUUUCCUUUUUAGUGUUUGUCAUUCGACGUUACAAAGAGAUUUCAAGAGGUGGUCCGAUGGGCAUAAUGGGCCCUGUAAUGCAACCAUUACCUUAUAUGAACAGUUACCAAACUUACCCUGCUGUACAUCCCCAGUACCAUUUGCCUCCACUGCAACAAACUCCACAUGUGCCAUAUUGUGGACAACUACCUGCCAGUCCAACUCAAUGGCCACCAAUUCCCCCUCCUGACUACGAUGAUCCAAGCUUUGGUAAGUUGAAAAUGAAAAACCAUGAAAGGUAUAUAACGCCUAGUGACAACCAGGCCUACGUUCCAGACAACUAUUGUUCUAGAGGAACGAAAGGAUAUAUCGAGAGAUAUUGAAUUUGGAUAAUGUUGUUAACCAUGCAGUUAUAGAAGCUGAAGAACGUGCAACGAAUGUUACGUUUAAUUUAUUGUAUUGUAAUAUUAUAUAAUUAGCACUUAAUAACAAAAAAUAUAUUAAAAUUAAUUCAUGUACGUUUAUUUGAAAAUAUUCUUUAAAAUCCAUAAACAUGAAAGGAUCUUUCAGAA